AACACACUGUUACUGGUCCUUCGAUUAUCUUGACCACGUCGCAGCAGCAACAUAAAUGGCUUGUCGAUGAAUAGCAAACUUUUUUACCCGCCGCCGCAUUUCAAGCAAUUUGUUCCGCAGAAGUCGGGGCUUCACCGACAAGCAGUAUUCGCGCUAUAUCGCGCCAUUCUAUCACAAUGCGAUGCUGCUCCAUUUGAUGAUGCGAGCAAAAAUGCCCUCAAGAAUAUAGCCAGGAAUAGAUUCCAAGCGAAUCGCCACCUACGCGUUCCUCGCCGUCUGAAGCUUUCUUUCUACGCGGGAUACAGAGCACUUGACUACUUAGAUGAUGCCGCGGCAGGAGGCGAAGCGAGUGCUGAUCGUAUAGCUGGUUAUCUGGAUAAGGUACCAGAUUAUCUCAAACAACGCCGGAAAGUCGAACCUCCACCACCGAGACCUGAGGCUCCUCCCUAUAUCACCCCGCCCGAGCACCAAUUCUUCAACGUCUUCCCUCGAGAAAAAGUAGAAGGCAUCCGCAAGGUGCCCUCGUUCGUCCGAGCGAACGGAUUUCCGAUGGUCCGCUGGAAAAAACCCCAGCCUGUCAAAUUGAGUAGAACACUUCAAGGGCUAAUCAAGUCAAAGCAAGAGAGCAUCAAUACUCUAGCGGAGUAUGAAGAUUACCACAUCCCAAUGGCCCGGAAUGAAGAUGUGUGGGACCAUUUAAUCCUUCAAGAGAUGAGCGAGGUCAAGGAUGCACAAGAGAUAUCUUGGGAAUAUAGUGCAGUGGAAGGGGCGCAGUACAUCAAGCAGCUAAGCGUGGAGAGGCACAAGAAAACAAUGGAAAAAGCGUACAGAAUGGUGGAAAUUGUUAAGAAGGAGCAGGAACUUGCAGAUCAGGAGCGUCAAGCUCGUGAGGCAGCGGCCAUCUCAGCCGAUCCCGAGAAGAGCUAAAAGAAAAUAUGUUGAUCAAGCCUAUGCUACUUUACAUUCUCUUGCACCUUUAGAUUCCUUUUGGGCCUUAAUCAUCACCGUUUCUUUCGUUGAUAUCAGCAGCUAGGUCCGUAUCCUUUAUCAUUUUACUCUUAGUCAGCAUCUACCAUUCGGAGGACUUCGACGAUAAUCCCGGAUCUCGAAAUUGCAUC